UUUAAAGCAUAAUGAUUGUGGUAAUAGCUUUCUUUUUUCUCAAAGACUUUAUAUGUGUCCUGGUUUCUUAUGUUUGAUCAUCUCUCCCUUGUUUAGAUCCCUCUAGCUGAGAUGGAGGCUUUGUCUCUGACGUCAGAUAUUCUCUCUGAAAAUUCCUGGUCCUUAGCUCUGACGGAUGACUCUUUACCUGAUGAUAAUAACACACUCUUACUUAAUGCCCUGGAGAGCAAUACUGAUAUUCCUUCCAUUAAUGAUGACCCCCUGAUUCUCUCAUCAAAUCAGGAUCUGCUGAGAGUAGGGAAGACUUCUGUGGGCCGCACCCAUUCUCUGCCAAAUGACAGCUAUAUGUUUCAGGCUCCAGAUACUGGCCCCCAUGAUACUUCCUCGGGAGAAAAAAACUCAACUCAUCAAAAAUCUCAGUCAGGGUCAGCUACGUCGGUGCAGUCUCAGCCUGCGAGUAUUGAUGCUGCUCUACACAUUGCCAGAAAUCGAUUCCACCCUCUCAAGCCCCAAUACAAUCUUGACUGGGAAAGCAAACCCAAAGUUGCUCCACCUGCACGUUCUCCAUGUGCAGAACGGCUACUUCGUAGACAGAUGGCAAUACAGAAUGACUCCUCGGAUACUCCUAGUUCAGAAAGCAGAGAGAACCUCCACACUGAGGUGAGUGAGCUCUCUGAUUCCAAUUUGUCAGCCCCAUCAACCGAGGACCUUUCUAUCACUUUGACAUCCUCGGGAGCAAGAGAGCCUGCCAGCUGGGUCCGAUCAAGUGUUCACACUCAGCAACAUUCCCAUAAUCAAUAUAACAUCUCCAAGCAUGUUCCAGAUUUGUGUGCCUGUACAGACUCUCUUCAAGAACUACCUGGGGAUCCAAUGGACCAAGAAGUAUCAGAAAUAAACAGCUGUUUUACUUCUGGAACUUGUUCAGCCAUGAGUGCCUCAUCAGUGGUCCAGCCUGAGACCCCUAAGAGAAAUGUAGGCAACAGUGGCAAUGUUCCUUUGAAGGACCUGAAGAAAUGCUACAGUGUAGAUACACAAGGUCUUCUUAAAAAACCAUCAUCGUGGUUAGACGAUCAAAGGAGACAUUCCAUAGAAAUUUGUUCCAUGGAAAACAGCCCCCAGCAUCAUUCCACAUCUAGUUCUUCUGGCUUCAUCAGUCAGGUCUUCAGUGAAAUGGAAGGCUUGCAAGGGACACGGCCAAAGAAAAAAAUGAGUCCCCCGUGUAUAUCCAUAGACCCUCCUGAGGAACAGAGGUUGCUACUAAGGAGGUCUUGCACUGCGUCCCCUUCCAGUGCAGAUGUUUGCUUGAGAAGACGUGCUCCAUCUUGGGACUCGAAGGAUUCUGUGGAUGCAGGGGACUCCACCCUCCCAGACAGUCUGUCAGUAACUCCAACUCCAAAGAAAGACUUGUUGACGCUCCCUAGUUUUUCCUUUGAUCAACCAGAUGUUGACCCUUGAAAUGGUUUCUUUUCUGUUACUGGUGCCAAAAGUUUUUUUUUCCCCUCCCUCGUGUAAUAAAUUAAACCUCUCUAUUCUAAAAUGGCACUGAUUUUUUUAAAUAUCCAAAGUUUAAAAAAGAGCUUGCCGGUAGAAGAAUGGUUAAGCUAUAUCACGCUUACUUAAGCAUAAGUUCUGCUUGGGUAAAAGCAAUACAUUGUUCAGAGUCUAUAUGUAUAGUCUAUUUUAUUAAAUUAAUUGAACCUAGUAUGGCAGUAUGUAGUACAUUUUGUGGCUUAAAAACUUGACUUAUUUUCUCUUGUUUUAUGUACCUCAGAAUAUUCCUGAGACUAUGUUGGUCUUUUUUAAAAAAAAAUAAUAAUGAAUAUUUUAACCUUUAAAAUUACGUAUUUAACCCUCCCUCUUUUUUCUUUAUUCUUUCUUUUGUUUUCUUUUGCAAAGCACAAGAUGUAGCCGUUAGUGCAUUACAGAGAACAUGUGCCCCAUAAUAGACCAUAAAUAAGAAUUGUUGCAAUUAUAAUGCAUUUCAUUUACUGAACCAGCCACUAUUUUCUGCAGAGAUUAGCCAUAUCUGUUUCCAAAUUGGAUUUUAUUACAGUGCAAAGCAAAAGGAAAUAUAGAAAUUAAACAAUGAACAGUCUAUAGACAGACAGAUUUGCAAAAAUGUCCAUUACACUGAGAAUUUAACUGCCUUCCACUAAUAUACAAACAUAUAUUUUGUUACGGCUUUCCAUAAUAAUCUUCAAAAUCUUAAGGAGCGGGAAUUCUUAGGAUGAGAAACAUUCUCUGGUCCCACUGCCCAAAUCUGGUAGGUUGAAACAGAAGGAAAAAAAAUGAUGCUUCAGCUAUUUCCUACCCCUAAAAGUCUUGUUUCACUCUCUCUUUCGGUGGAAGAAUCUAACCUGAGGGUCAAGAUCAGCUGCUUACAAAUCCAUCUCAGUUGGAACAUUUCACGCCCAUGUAUCCAAGGAGAGUGGACACUUGCUUACUUUUGAGCAACUUUGGUCCUUAACAUUUGUGUUUAUCUUUAUGCGGUGCAACCAUUGUGCUAUGGAAAAGCAUAUGCUCCUCUGAAACUCAGUCUCUGUAGUGGCAGAUAUACACUGUCUAACAACAGGAAUUACAUCCUUUGACUUGUGAUAUGUAGUAUAAAUGUGUACAUUCUGUUUGUUUCAAUGGCACCUGCAGCUAAGAGGAUCGGCAACAUACAUGUGAAAAUGAGUAAAUCAUAUGGAUGGAAAUCAAAUUUGCCACAGAUACAGCAGGUGAAGUUUCCUACUAUUUAUUCACAUCCCUGCAGAUAUGAGAUAUGUUAAAUAUGUCAGUCUACUGUUAAAGACACAAUAUAGAUCAAUAAAAUGGUAUGUGUAGCUUGAUUAAUAUGUAGCUCAACUGCUCUAAUUCCCAAUAGAGAGGCUGAGAAUACUGUUGUCAUUCAGUGUGUCCUAUUGGCGCCUCAUAAAGGAAUCUUCUAAGGUGCAUGCCAAGAAUAGCUUCACAUUCUGCAGUAGGAGAAUUAUGUGAAGGAACUUUAAGUUAACUUAACUUCUAAUCAAUCAACUGUAGAGCAGCCCAGAGUGAUUUCAUUAAUGGGCAAUUUAAUGAUCAGACACCUAGAAUGAUUACUUCUUCUCCUCUUCCUCCUCAUCGCCAUCUUCAUCAUCAUCAAACAAAUUGUAGAAAUUAAAUUAAAAAUUAAAGUUCUUUCCCCCUACAAGGGCAUCGUAUAGCCAAACAGGACUGGCAGUUACAAAAUUGGAUGUAUUUUUUUUUUACUUAAACUGAUGCUGAUUUGCAAUAUUGCAAUCCAUUCACACAUUCUUUUUCUACUGACCUUGCUUAAGAGAGAGAGAGAGAGAGACACCCCAACUGUAUUUUGAUAUCCAAAUAAUUAUCAAAGAAAAAUCCUAGAAAGGUUCAGUUUUUUUCUUUUUCCCACUUAAGAGAUUUAAGAGAGAGAGAGAUUGGGAGAUGGGUUCUGCUGUCUUUUUAACACUUAUAAAUCCACAUGCUAAUUUGAUGAGGAAUAACUUCCAAGCAAGUCAGUUCCAGUUGGCAUUAACCUCACUCGGCUUUAACCAUUAACCAUGCCAAGUCCUAGACAUUUUUCUCCAUUUUAGUGGAAUGCCAGGACUCAAUUUUCAGUGCCAGAGCUUAACCUUGGAAUAGAAGAAGAACAAAUAGAUUAAAAACACCCCAAGCAUUUCCUUUCCUCUAAUUCUAAAUAAGCAGCAGAAAUUCCCCAUUGGGGUAAGGCUUUUCAAGUCAAAAGCCUUUUUUUCUAGAGUGCUAUGAUCCACAGCAUUAUUUUCCAAGAAAUUAAGCAUUGGGGAUUUGACUUCCACAGAUGCCACCUUGGAAACAGCAUAUCUUGCACAAUAAUAGUAUGGUGUUUUGCAUUAAGUGCUUUUACAGCAUUUUUUAAAAAAAAUUCUGCCCUAAUAAAAAAGAUGAUUCCAAAAUGCUGCUUCUCUAUUUAUACAAAUAAUCCUUGACUUACAACCAAUCAUUUAAUGAUCGUUCGAAGUUAUGACAGUGCUGAAGAAGUGGCUUACUAUUGGUCCUCUCAUUUAUGAUCCUUGCAGUGUCCCCACAAAAUCUGGACAUUUAGCAACCGGCAUGCAUUUGUGACAGUUACAGCACCCCAGGAGCACGUGAUGCUGCCAUUUGAAUCUUCCCAGCGGGCUUCUAACAGGCAAAAACAAUGGGGAGAGCUGAAGUUGUUUAAUGUCCAGAGCAAAAAGUUUGUAAAAUCUGGUGCAACUUGCUUAAUGACUGCCUCAUUUAGCAAUGGAAAUUCUGGUCCCAAAUUGGUCAAAGGUAGAGGACCUUCUGUAUAACCUAUAUAUCAGAUAAUGUGAGGCAGACUCAUUUCUCCAAACCUCCUCAAAAGCUUCUCAACUGAGUUACAAGCACACUUGGGCUUCACGUGUUAAAAAUUAACCUUUGCACUAGAAAGAAGCUCUUACUAGAAGAUCUAAUUAGAACUCUGUGAAUAUCUUACAUUCUUAAAGUCUCCAGCUAUCUAUUGUACUGAUCUAACUUGGCAAAUAUAAGAUGCAGCAGAAAGUUAGUUUUUGAAUAUAUCUUUGAUUUCUUAUGUCCAAGAAAAAGCAUGAUUCUUCAGAUAAAUCAGUAUUGUGCAUAUCCAAGGAUCCUCAAAUCUGUGCUGGCACCAUUUGGGGAGCCUUUUCAGAGUCCAAAUGUGAACUUAUCAGUAUUGAUGUGACCAAGUUGCUCUUUUCUAUGGAUCACAUUAUCUCUUUAUUCAUUCUUAAAAAGAAUAGUAGGAUAAAAUGACUUUGCUUUUCAAGCCUCAUGAAUGUUUGCUAAAAUUAUUGAUUUCAGCUUAAUCUGUCUGUUAAAUGUAUUUACCAUUGCAGUCUUAAUAAGUGCUUUAAACCCAGUUAGUAGAUAUUCGAGGUCAUGCACUCAUAUAGACCACAUUUUGUUAAAUAUAGAAACUAAAUCAAACAUAAAUAUUGACUGAAAACAAUCCCUAAUCAUAUAUUAAAACCCAGUUUGAAUUUGAGGGUAUAAUCUUAAACACUGAAAUAUGCUUCAUUAUGAUUAUAAAAUCAGCUCACAUUGGACACUUUCCUAAAAAUACAUUCCAAAUUAAUUUUGACAACUGGUAAUUGUUUAAAUCACUCUGAAAUAAAGGGGCAUUGUUUAUCAAAAUCUUCAUUUUUUUCAUGUAAUGCUCCAUACCAAUAGACUCUUACUACCCUGCUUGGGGAAAAUUAUAAAUAUACAAAUGCUGUCAUUAUUCCAGUCCAUUGAGCAGGAAAUGAAAUCUAACCAGGUCACCAACUAAAUUAGACUGCUCUUCUUGAACCUAUUAAUCAUUUUAAUAUAUAGGCAAUUAGUGCAAUUCUUACAAAAACCCUUGCAAUCUUCUCAUGUAAAAGGUAGGGAAAAGCACACUAUGAUGAUCAAAAUGAUUCCGGUCCUUUGUUUUUGGCUUAAUUACUUGGUCCCUAUACAUCAAAUGCAGAUAAUCAACCUCAUGUAUAGUGAAGGAAUUGUGUCCCUUUGUUUUGUCCUUCAUGUAACCAUGCUCCUCUGAACAUCCGAUCAUCCAUCCAUCAUGUUUAUCCCCGAGGUCUGUAUACCCACAGCAUCAAGUUUGGCUUUCCCAUACAUAUAUGGAACUUAGAUCAAUUUGACAUGCAAAGGCAAUAAAGUUAAUGAGACAGAGCAAUGCAGAAGCAUCAGAAUUAGGCAAUGUGAUCCUGGUCAGGUGUAAUGGGACAACUCACCACAAGCAACUUGCCGUGGCCAUCUCGCUGCAGGACAACUCACCGCAGGACAAUUCAACAAAUGCAAAAGAUAAAUUAAUUUGAACAGAAAUGUGGCCAAUAAUAAUAAAAUAAAGUAGAAAGAGUACAGAGAAGAGCAACAAAGAUCAUCAGGGGACUGGAGGCUAAAAUAUAUAAGGAACGGUUGCUGGAAUUGAGUAUGUCUAGU